CAGUUCAAUUGUCUCAGUUGUUAAAAAUCUUGCACGGGCAGUGAUAACAAUUCGAUGUCGCUACACGCUAUUAAAAUCGUAGUAUCGAAUUUUAUCCAAUUUGAGUUAUUUUGAAUCAUUUUUGUAGGUUACUUUUGCUCCUUCUUAAUAUGCCAUUAACUAAAAUAGAUUAACUAUAAAAAUGUUUGACUCAAAUUUAAUUUAUUAUUUACCAGAUGCACAUACGGACACUUUGAAACUAAGCACAGAAAUGAAUUUAUUAGACGAGAUUGUUCUUUCAACUACAUAUUUUGUGUUGGAAUAAUAAAUUUCGACACGCAGACGUGCAAAAUAACAAAAUGUUAUUUAGCUCAAGGAAUUGGUUUAAAUUUGGUACUUUUUAAUAUUUAACAUUGCACGUUUUACAAUUGUAUAACAAUUGCGUAUGAAUUAUUGCAGUAGUUAACAAGCGAGAUUUUUUAAUAAUUGGAAGCACUGACAAAUAUUUCUGACGCAAUGGCGAAAUAGAGGAUUUCGUUGUGGUAGUGAAAUCGAGAUGAGUGACAUCGCAGUGCAUCUUUCUUUCCGGCGUAUUUGCAACGUAGAGACAAUCAAGUGCUUUGACGUUACAUCGGUUUUAAUUUUUGUCGCGAGUCUCUCUCUGUCCCUCUCGAUCUGCGGAGAAUUGACGCUAACGCGCUAAUUUAAUUCGCCCGGCUGAUUUGAUGAAGUGACUUGGCAACUCGUGUUAACGCAGCCAUUGUUUUUAUCCUUACCAGGAAAUUUCUGGCUCCGAACGAGAGAAGCCAGGUUCGAACUACAGAAAUAUUGUUUUUCGAAGUCUCACCGUGCGCAGUAAAAUUUAAUUAACCGACAGUAUAUAAAAUUAAUUCACAAAGUUAUAAACGCACAAUUUAACACACAAGUCAUAACUAUUGUGCAUUAUUCGUUGUUUAAUUUAUUUCUCCGGGGGCUUCAGAUACCUCCAGAGUGUUGUCGAAACUUCUGAGAGAACGUCACACGGAACAUUAAUUCAUUCGCAUAUAUAUGUGAUGCUCAGGAGAAACAAUAUUCCUGUUAUGUUUCCCAUCUGACUUACUUGUCCAAAUCGUGUGAUAUCUAUUAAGAACGUUGUCCCGUCUCAUCUGUGUUGCUAUUUUUAUUUAGUCACCCUAAUAUUUGAACUUUCGCGCAACCCGUAUAACUCGGCCGAAUCUAAAUUCGAACAAUAUGUCAUUUGUAAAUUAUACGAACGCGGCUCUUAUUCUGAUAAAGCUUGACCGAUGCGAUAUCUAGGUUGGCGCAUAUAAUUAAACUCUCGCCUCUCUGGCACAUCUGGGAGAUGACCCACUCGCGGAAAAACGGCCAUGCUUCCUAAAUACAUCUCUCGCAAAUACUCCUUUUAGGACUUUUGAUUUAAAACGUCAUUUUGGAAGCUUCAGACACUUGACCUACUGUAAUACAGAAUAUCUCGAGUUCUCCGCGCUUACUUCGAUCUAUAGACUCUUUGACCUUUAUUCGGUGUCGAACAGAAAUAAGCUCCUCAUAUCACGUGUCGUUUUUAAGCUUCGACAGUAUUUUUAAUUUAAAAGUUCAAGAUUCAAAAUUUAAGAUUUUCUAAAUUAACCUUUCGACAUUUUAUAUAAAUAAUGAAAUAUUUCACUCUAUUUUCCAUUUAUUUUUAUUUGAAUUUUAAUAGAAUUCUUCUUUAAACUAAACGCAGGACAACGUUUAAUUAAAUGUUAUCGAAAAGGAUCGAUUUUCAAUUUGGUCAACAAAUGUGACGAUGAAAAGAAAUGCGUAGAUAUUUCGAAAUAGCGCGUGUUCGAGAAUAAUAUUUUGAAAGAAUCUUGAACAUUUCUAUUUUCCCCAACGUACGACGUAAUGUAAACAGCUUUGACCUGAUCCAGACAGUUUCACGGGACGUGCGGAUUAGUUUACGGAAACGUUUCGUAGCGCGAAUACGAAUCAGGUGAAUCACCGUGCGAGAAAGUCGCGUUCUUCCAGACAUCGCGUUGUGUCGAUUUAACGGCGCUCGCGUGAUAGCGGCUUAAGGCGCUAAAAUAGAGCCUCCGCAAGCUCGUUGUCGUCGUCGUCGUCGUCGUUGACGGUGCCCGAACGGACGCAGCUACGCGCUUAGUCUGUAACUGGAAGCACACGCGAGAAGAGCGAUUCGAAUCGCGCGGCGCACUAUAAGGUCUGGGAACUCGGUCUCACCGGCGAGAAAAUAAUCUGGGGUAACAACAACGAGACGAACGACGAACACGGUGACGAAGCAGGAAACGAUUCGCCAGAAUUCGUCACGACAAGAGGAUUGACGAAGCGUCGUUGUCGUACACGCAACGAGCACGAACGGGCAGCGACAGGGGUUCGCAGAGACGAGACGCGAAUGAAUCUGACAGACGAACCAGUUGAAUUCUCGACUCGUCGUGCCAGUCCGACGAUCGUCGCAGGAUCUCCGGAAGUGUUCAAGAUUUCACGACUACAGAAAACUUGUCGUCACGCGACGCGAGAGAGAAAGAGAGGCAGAGAAAAAUAAAUUGAUAAUAUGAUGGAUACGAAAAGAGACCGCCGAUCGACGAUUCAUGUUUUCGAGAAGGACGUGCCGCGAUCGGACGAAUUGCCGAUCGCGGUGAUCGAUAAGGCGGGAAUCGGUGAACUUUUGGCGAGACAAGCGAUGGCCUGGUGCCGUUACUGGCUACAAUCGUUCCCCAUAAAAAUGACGCUGAACAACGUCGGAUUGCUGACGGUGUUCUUGGCAAUAGUGUCGCCGCGAUCCCUCAUUUACAGGCUCGUUUAUCCAAUUUUCAGAUUAGUCUUCGGCACCUUGUAUCCGGCGUACGCUUCCUAUAAGGCGGUGCGCACGAAAAAUGUCAAAGAAUACGUCAAAUGGAUGAUGUACUGGAUUGUAUUCGCGCUGUUCACAUGCGCGGAAACAUUCACCGACGUCUUCUUUAGUUUUUGGUUUCCGUUUUACUAUGAGAUUAAAAUCAUCCUGGUGCUGUGGCUGCUAAGCCCGGCCACCAAGGGCUCCAGUAUCCUUUACCGGCGCUUCGUGCAUCCCGCGCUAAUCCGCCGUGAAGCUGAGAUCGACGAAGCCCUAGCACGCGCGACCGAGCAGGGUUAUACAGCGGUGCUGCAUCUCGGCACCAAGGGUGUGAAUUAUGCCACCACAGUUCUCAUGCAGACCGCCAUCAAGGGCGGCGGCGGGCUGGUGCAACAAUUGAGGAAAAGUUACAGCCUUAGUGAUCUAACCGGCGAGAAGGAGGACGAAAAUAGAAACACACCCGAUGCGCGUGACGAGACGGACAUGGAAGUGGAACCUCGUCGAAGAGAGCACGUUGGCAGAAGGGGCUAUAGUCCUCGCAGGACCCAGUCCAGCAGCAAUGCGUCUCGAGUAGAGAUGUAUUUUUCCGAAGUGGAUGUCGAUGUUCGACAACCAAGGCCUAGGGAGCCCAUAACUAGUUUAACAAAUAUAAGGUCCUCGGACGACAUAUCUAGCGGUUACAGUAGCGGCGAGGCGUUGCAGACCCAGCGCACGACUUCUCAGGGUGAUUCUUUAGUAAGAACAUCGAGCGUCGGUGCGAGAACACGCAUGAAGCCGCGUACCACUACGAAGAAGACGCCCGAAGACAUGGGCGAGGAUUUCGACUGCAUAUAUCCCGAAAAUGUCUCCCUACCGUCGUCCCUGAAUGUCCUCACUCCCGAACAAGCCCUCGAGCUUUUACUAUUGUUGUCCCAGAAUAAUAAAUCGAUAGACCAAACGACAUCUAUUAUCGCUUGUAUCGAUCAAUCCGCGAAUGAAAGCCAGCCCGCAGCGAAAAUAGAAGAUAAUGAAUCGUCAUCGACGGAAUCGAGCGGCGAGUUCGUUGACACAGACUCGGCUCAAAUAGACGUGCAAACUAUAGAGAUCACGAAUAUCUCGACGGAAAACGUGUCGAUACCCAUGGGGACAAAAAGCGUGGCAGACAAAACAAACAUAAUAGAUUCGAUAAAAGAAUCUGAUUUUCAGAAAGGCAAUUCUAAUGCGCAAAUAGAAUAUAUUGACGACGAGUCAACGAGUAACCAAGUAAUUUCAGCUAUUUCCCAAAAGCAGGGCAAUUCUAGCACACAAAUGGAAUACAUUGACGAUGAAUCAAAAAGUAACCAAAUAGUCUCAUCUGUUUCCCAAAAUCCCAUGGGAGCCAAUCUCGAACGAAUAACCGGCGAGAUCUGUCAGGAAAAAUUCAACGAGCUGAAGCAAUUACUAGAUGAUGCGCACAAAGCUGUAACGGGCAUCGUGUCUUCCCAAGAAAAAUUGAAUGCGAUCGACGGAGGUAAGGGACAUAUGAGUCUACGGGAAACUAGGACUGACGAUUCGCCGAGCACUUGUGCUCGCGAUAUCGCGGCCCAUUCUCCCGUUACACCGAGUACGUCGAGCUGCGAUCUUGACAGCGAUAAUCGCGCAGGGAAAUAUCAUAAAAAGCCCGCUCCGAAAGCUCCAAUGACUAACGAGGCAGUAACGAGUAACGAAGACAGUAACGAAAACGAAUCACAAAACGCUUUGAAGGCCACUUUGGUCAUUAAAACUGGAACGUUGAGAACUGUUUCGAACGCGGAUGCCACGAAAGAUAUAUUCCUGGCGCAUAACGCGGAUACGAAAAAAAGAAAGAAGAAAUCUAGCAGAACACGCGCUAAGGAGAGCUUCUCCAAAUUAUUAACGAUCCCAAAGAACAUCUUUCACAGUGCUUUCCAUAAGGAGCAGAGCGAAACUUCCUCCAAGGAGGAAGAUUCCAGCUCCACGUACUCCGAGACCAGUGGACCCACGUCAAGAUCGGGUAGUAUUGGGUCCCAGGUGUUCGUGGACACAACCGCGAAAUUAUCCGCUUCAAAACAAGAAAACAGGGAAGUGGACGUGGAAGAGAUUCCACUGAGACCGGAGCGCGACGACAAUAUUAAUUCCGACAAAGAUAUAAACUCUUUCAAAAAAUUAGAUACUGAAAUUGUACCGUUGAACAAAGUUGAAGUAGAUCUGAAAAUUGAGAAUAAUAAGAAAGAAGAAGAUACACUGAACUUAAAAAAAUUCGAAAAUCCUAAAAGUUUUGGAAAUGAAUCGAACUUGCAGAUUCGUGAAGCGUCACAGUCUUUGCCUUAUAGCGACAAAAAAGAGAUUAUCACUGACAUUAAUUAAAAACAUUUCAUUAAUGUCUCACAGGGAAACUAUACUAGCUAAUUAUUUUAUUAAAAUAUUAGUUGAUUAAUUGAUUAAAUAUUUACGUAUCUAUAUUUACCUUGAUGUUUUUUUAAAGAAAUGAUAAAAGCUUGUUCCUUGUCUCUAUCCCAUACGUCCCAUAUUUUAUCCUAAUUGGAAAUCCGGGCAGAAGAGAUGGACUGUUCCAUUAAGAUCAUAACGAAUUUCGCUACCUUGCCUCGAAGUAAGAAGACUAGUAAGAAAAAAGUGGCAUGAAACCUCCCUGCUGCUGACCGCAUUAAGGAAUAAGACCAAGUCCCUCGUAACAAAAGGAAAAGUCUUCAUCGACUUGUGAAUCUGAGUUUUGCACGAGCCAGAUGUAACGGGCACACUGUCGGUCAGCAGCGAAUAUCAAUUAGCCAAAUCACGCGUUGUAUACAAUUGAAUGUUUCUAGCACCGUUGUACUUCUUAAUUUAGCUUUUUUGACUUAACUUGUCGAUCGUUAGUUUCCAUUAGUCGGAAGAGAUAGAACCCCGUCUUUUCUAUCAUUUAAUAUUUGCAAGGAACUUGCCGGAUAUGCGCGAGGGAUAAAAGGAAAUUCUAACAGCUUUGUCUCAUCCUCGGGAAAAAAGAACACAUGAAUAAUGUUUAUAUAUAUACACCAAACUCCGAUUACGUCGGAUCACGUUGCACCGUUGCUCACAGUCAUCCGACACGUUGUUACAUGAUUCGAUAAUUUCUCAUAUGUAUCUUAAGAUCUCUCUCUCGCGAGAGAAUCCAGUCUAGCUUUUAUAUGCUAACGUUUGGUAGUGCUGUCGUAGGUAGGGAGGACUUGAUACAUAUUGCAUGCAGUAUAUCUGCUUACGAAUAGGCUUUGAUUAUAACGAAACUUGCCAUAAUCGCGGCGUAGUCGAGAGUGGAAUAGAAAUAAUAAAAAAGAGUCCGCGAUAACCCAAAGGAUCAGGGAUCUCGGCGCUUGAUGCCCCACGUAGACGCUCGCUGCGAACAAUAAGGGAAUCCUCUGCGAACCAAUGACUGCGAAACCGCCGCGAAAUGACUUUGAUAUUACGAACGUUAUUGUAAUCGAACAAAUUGAAUCUAGUCAAUCAGGAAGACAAGUAGGACCAUAUUGAAAUAGUGCCACGCAAUUGCCCGUAUAUAAUCCUCUUUUCACUACAGAUUAGUAAUUGUUUGAUAAACUGUGUCUAACUACGAUCGUGUAUGCGUGUCGCACAGAGUAUUGUGUGGACUUAAUCGAAUAGCUACUCUCCCUCGCACGGAAUCUGAAGUUCGAGAAAUAUCGCGCGAAUUUCUUAAAAGAUAAAAAAUAAAAUAAAAUAAGAGAAACUCUACAGUUACGAUCCUGCGAAAGAACCAACGAUUUCAUCUAUAUUAGUCUGUGACAAAUUGUCAAGAGUAUUGUUAACGUGCGAGAUCAUCUAUAUUAGUCUGUGACAAAUUGUCAAGAGUAUUGUUAACGUGCGAGAUCACUUUCAGUUUUUACACACUUGCAAUUCGAAGACAAGGGUACCAACGAUGUACUUUGAUAGCGAGUUUCUUUUAAGACGACUGGCUAUAUUCUUAACUUUAUAUCAGUUUUAUAGCGCUCCUCUUUAGAAUAUAUAUUAUAUAUUAUAUAUAUAUUGCUUGACUAACUCACGUGAUGAAUUUUAAGUAUUUAUCGUACGUAACUAAUUUAUAAUUAUAUUUACAUUUCCUAUAGUACUCUUUCAUUAGAGCGAACGAUUUAGUAUCGUACGCUCGCGGAAGUCUUACGCACAAGUGUCCUACGAUUAUUUUAAAUUUAUCAUAUGCGUUAACGGUUUCGUAUAUAGUUUAUCGUACUAUUAUACUUUGAUGUUUAUUGCAUAUCUUACGUAACAUUAAUAUAUUGCGUUUAAAUAAUAUAAAUUUAAGAAAAACGCGGUGUUAAUGUAUCAAUUGUACACUCGACGAGUGAAAUAUGUUACUCGAAAAUUAACAAUAAUUGUUGAUUUUGCGUGUAUAUAGGUUCUACGCAAAGUUUGCGAUGCCAUCGGAGAAGAAAAAUGUAGCAAAUGCUUUUGAUACACCUCAUGAUGUAUAAAUAAAUUGUGUAUAAAUGAGAUCUACGAUAAAAUAUAAAAUAACAUAUGUAAAUGCGGAUUUCUAUGCAAAAUAGAUAUUUUUAUUCAGUCUAAAUGUGCAAUAUUCGCACGAAAUAUGCAUUUGCUGCAUUUUAUCUGCAUCUUUAUAACACGACUCGUUGAAAGACGUUGAUACGUAUUUGUCUCGAACUUUAUAUAUAUUUAUGCGAGAAUAUGUGAUAAGAGUGAGUGAAAAAAUAAGAGAAAAUGCUCAAUUAUGAAUCUCUACCGGUAUUGAACGGUCGGUUUCCUAUAGAUCUUAUAUAUAAAGAUAUCUCUCGUUCUUUAUAAGUAUUUAACGCCGCUGGCGUAUAAAUUGUGUCCCGAGCUAUUAUGGUGCUGCGAUCUUUGUAAUUUGUUUUAUAUAGCUUCGUACUUCGAUACAGUAUACGAGAGGAAACAGAGUUGAAAAAUGUUUGAAAAAGUUACUCUGUAUUCAAGUUACUCGGAAAAUUAUCGAUGAUGCAGAGUGAUAUCGUGGUUAACAGUAUUUCAGUUCAGGUAUAGUGUAGCGAAUAAAUGACAUUAAAAUACAA